UGAGGCUCAGCCCAUUUCCAAUUUCCAAGUCGCAGGUUCAGUAACCUAGCCUUCUCCUGAAUCUGUUUCAUUAUUUCGUCGUCUUCUCAUCAAGGAAAUAAUCAAUUUUGAUUUAUGCGACAAUUGCUUCUCCAGUCUGAACAUCACCUCACUACAUCCUGGAGAAACAAUCAUUAGCUGGAGGCUUCGGCGCAACUUCUCAGCUCAUCCGUUCAGACGGGCUCCAGCACUCCGGGCCGCAGCAACCGCAACCAUCUUCAGGCAAGGGAGCCACUACACGAAGCUUCCAGAUUUAAUAACUAGUACAUCAUUCCACUAAAAGACAACAUCAUACACGUUCAUGCAAUGUCGGCCCCGAGAACCAAACGUCAAUUUGCAGGCGCAGCAAGCGAUCCCGCCCAGCGCCAGAUAACGUCCUUCUUCACCUCAUCCAGCUCCUCCUCCCCCCCAUCCUUCGGCACAUCAACCCCCACCACACCUCGUUUCUUCGACGCCUCCGAAUCAACCAUACAAUCCAACCUCCUAUCAGUAGGCAUGCGCGUGCGCAAAGCCGUGCCGGAAGGCUACAAAACAGGAUGUUACAGCGCCUUCGCCCUAUGGGACGACAACAAUACCACCGCCAGUAACAGCACCACGAUGCAGAACAACAGCGACGUCGGCCGCUCGCGUGCAAAUGCCAUCUCGGCGCCACGGGAGCUCACCCCCUUUUGCGGCAUUCACCGCAUUGGCGGGAUGGCCGUACAGCCGCCCCACGACGACGAGACUUUAUUGGCCCCGCUUCCGAAUAUUACCAUAGACCAUGUGGACAAGAACAUGGAUUAUGUACCGGGCUUGACGCUCAGCCAAGAGUCCGCUGUGUCUACCGACUCGAACCUGUCAGCGAGCAACUCGCGGAAGCGCUUCUUCACUGAGGACGAGGACGAGAAUGAGACGGCAUCCCAGAUGGUUCCUGGGCGGCUGAACUUGAAUUUCGCACAACUGCCCAGCUGGGAGGACGGACAGGUAAGUCCGCGGAGUUUAACCCCGACCGGUUGGGCCAACAGCAGGGUGUUUGCUCAACCGCGGAAAAGAGGUGUUCUACAGGGCAAGCCUACAGAUGGGGCGCUUGGGCAGGAGAAUGUUAUGAUCGUCGAUGAGGACUUCGAGGAGGCUAGCUUCCUGGUGGAGAUGCGUGAUGCGCAAUGAGCGAGUCAAGGAGCCGAAGGGCGUAGCGGUACGAUGGAGGUUUGAUUUUGAGCGAUAUUGCACGAGAAUGGCGUUCAGGGGUUCUCAAUAUGGGACGUGUCACAACAUGGGAUGUGUGGAUGACUGGGCUUUCAGGUCAACGGGACCUCUGCUGCGCCCUUGGACCGUACUGUGUGCUAUACUUGUGACCGGAUUCGCUGCAUCCAUAUUAGUGCUGUAUGUUUUGUUCUCUUGCUAUACUGGCUAAACCGUCGGUGUACAAAUGAAUUUAUUAC